AUGGCUUCAUCACAAUGUCCCACUGAUCGAAACUUCAUUGUAGUGGAUUUCCACUACAAUGGAACGUUUGCACCCAACCCAUUAGUAUACUUUGAUCCCGACAGACAAUCAGUGCGAGAUGUUGACUUCAGUGCUUUUGACUACGAGGAGUUCAUGGAAUUCCUUCAAAAGCUCACCAGAAGUAAAAGCAAAGACAUCUACUUUUGCCUUUCACAAGAGUCUUUAAGUCAGGGAAUUCAUACACUGGUGAAUGACGAUGAUUACAAAGAAUUUUUGGAUUUGGCUUAUGCAAAUGAAAGGAGAAUGAAUGUGUAUGUGGACCAAUAUAAUGAACCAAUCUUCGAAUGGAUUGAGGAAGAGGAAAAUGAAGAUCAAGACUACAGUUGUGAAGAGGAUGAAGACUCAGUCUUUCCGGACACUUAUUAUGUUGACCAUGAAGAAGAUGAUGCUGAAUAUCCAUUCCUAGCCAACAAAACCAUGGGUGACAGACAAGCAUGGAAUCAAAUAAAACCAUUGUUAGCAAGUUCCUCCAGGGGUAGUGGAGUAGGACCAAGUCAACCACCAGAUGCAGCAGCAAGCCAACCACCUCAACCACCUCCAUCACCACCACCAGCAGCAGCCCAACCACCACCACCACCACCAACAACAACAGCUGCAAGGUCUGUCCCAAGAAGGGCCCCAAUUGAUAGAAGUGUACGGAGGCAAUAUUUUGAAAGGAUUGUCAAAAUGGCAUUGAGGAGAAAUAUACUUGGGGUUGGGAGCAGUGCAGAGAACCAUGCAGUCAUUGAUUAA